AUGCCUUCGGCUUCGUCGGCGGUGGGGAGGCUGCAGGCGGCCGCGCAGGACGCCGCCAACUCCUCCUCCUCCUCCGCGCGCUCCGCCACCGCCGCCUUCUCCGACCAGCUCCUCGUGCCCAGGGAGGCAGGCCGGAUGGUGUCUCUGUCGGCUUGCGCAAAGUUCGGCGCUGUCAGCUUUGUGGUUGGCGUCAUGGUUGGCUUCACCCUGAAUAAAAGGCUGCGCCGGUGGGCUGCCAAGCUGCUCAAGAGAAUUAAGGACGAUAACUAG